GGAGAGGGGACGGGUCUUUGCGGGACGGGACGUGGCUGAGCUCAGGGUGCAGCACCGCCGGCCCGGCCCAGAGCCCGCUCGGCCACCCACCGUGCCCGCGAGCCGUCGGCCCUGCUGCUGGGCUCCGUCUUUCCAUCGGCCUGGAACAUUCCGGGCCAGUGAAACCCGAACUCUGGGUGUUAGAAGACAAGCUCUUCCUAAUGUCCUCACGCCGCUGCUGCGGGGAACUGGACAGGAUUAGGUAGAGGGACUGGACAGGUGGGGGUCCCUCCCGGCCACGCCGCAGCUCCGCGUCCAGACAGACGUGGAGGGUGACGAGAAGCGGACAGCUGCGGGUUUGUGGCGAUCGGCACAGCCUCCGAGUGUCGUCCGCCCGCCCCCGACUCUGCGGUGCCCCGUGUGGCUGACAUUCACAGACUCCUCCCACCGGGGGAAGUUAAGCCCCGGCAUCAACCGCUGCUAAGUUGGGACCCCAGCUGCUGCUCCAAGUGACAUGGGAAAGGCCAGCUGCUGUGCACAUUUGUCGGCCGCGGGCAGGGGUGGCAGUCGGGCCGGCCCCGGGGCCGGUGACAGUGCAAGACUGAAACGCUGACACCUGGCCGGCGGCCUGGGAGCAGCUCGGUCGGCUUUGACUCCCAGCGGUCCCAUCUCUCCUCCUUCACCAUGAAGCUGAUGGACAAAUUCCACUCGCCCAAGAUCAAGAGAACGCCAUCCAAGAAGGGAAAACCAGCUGACGUGUCCAUGAAAAUUCUGGAGAAGCCUGUGAACAAGGAGGCAACAGACAGAUCCCUACCAGAGGGCUGCCCCACCCCCUUGGAUCUGGAGCCGCAGGCAGUAGAAUUUAUGUCCGCCAGUGCUGGGGCCUCCAGGUCUCAGAGGCAGAAGAACCUGAGCUGGCUGGAAGAGAAAGAGAAGGAGGUGGUCAGCGCCUUGCGCUACUUCAAGACCAUCGUGGAUAAGAUGGCCAUCGACAAGAAGGUGCUGGAGAUGCUUCCGGGGUCCGCCAGCAAGGUGCUGGAGGCCAUCCUGCCGCUGGUGCAGAGCGACCCCCGCAUUCAGCACAGCUCCGCGCUCUCGUCCUGCUACAGCCGAGUGUACCAGAGUCUGGCCAACCUCAUCCGCUGGUCCGACCAGGUGAUGCUGGAAGGCGUGAACUCGGAAGACAAAGAGAUGGUGACGUCGGUGAAGGGGGUCAUCAAGGCGGUGCUGGACGGAGUGAAGGAGCUGGUCAGACUCACCGUCGAGAAGCAGGGGCACCCGUCUCCGACCAGCCCGGUGAAACCCAGCUCCCCAGCCUGCAAGCCCGACGGGCAGUCCGAGCUCCCCCUGACGGACCGGGAGGUGGAGAUCCUGAACAGGACAACCAGCGCGUCGCAGUCGGCCGAGCUGCUCCUCGACCCCGCUGAGGAGGAGGUGGCGCCCCCCAAGCCUCCCUUACCUGGCAUCCGGGUGGUCGAUAAUAGCCCGCCGCCAGCACUGCCGCCGAAGAAGAGGCAGUCGGCUCCAUCCCCGACCCGCGUGGCCGUCGUGGCCCCCAUGAGCCGGGCCACCAGCGGCUCCAGUCUGCCUGUCGGAAUCAACAGGCAGGACCUCGACGGGGACUGCUACGCCCAGAGGCGCCUGUCGGGGGGCAGCCACUCCUACGGGGGAGAGUCGCCCCGCCUGUCCCCGUGUAGCAGCAUCGGCAAGCUCAGCAGGUCCGACGAGCAGCUGUCCUCGCUGGACAGGGACAGCGGGCAGUGCUCCCGGAACACGAGCUGUGAAACGCUAGAUCAUUACGACCCGGACUACGAAUUCCUUCAGCAAGACCUCUCGAACGCAGACCAGAUACCUCAGCCCAUGGCCUGCAACCUCAGCCCGCUGCCGGAGUCCUUGGGGGAGUCUGGGUCUCCGUUCCUCGGCCAUCCCUUCCAGCUGCCUCUCGGUGGCUGCCCCCAGCCGGACGGGCCCUCGGCCCCGGGACCACCGGCGGACACGCCCCCGGCCCUCCCCGAGAAGAAGCGCCGGAGCGCGGCCUCCCAGACCACGGACAGCUCUGGCUGCAGGGUGUCCUACGAGCGGCACCCCUCCCAGUACGACAACAUCUCCGAGGACGACCUGCAGAACCCGGCCUUGGCCCAGCCCAUCCCCUUCACGCCCUUCGCUGCUGUCCUCCCCUUCCAGCAAGGAGGCUCCUCGGCCUCGGUGGGAUUUGUGGGGGACUUCACUGUUCCCGCACCAACGGGGGACCCGGAAAAACCGCCUCCGCUGCCGGAAAAGAAAAACAAACACAUGCUGGCCUACAUGCAGCUGCUGGAGGACUACUCGGAGCCGCAGCCGUCGGUGUUCUACCAGACGCCGCAGAACGAGCACGUCUACCAGCAGAAGAACAGGCUCCUCAUGGAGGUGUACGGCUUCACCGACUCCUUCAGCAGCGUGGACGCCCCGCCGGAGCUGGCGCCGCCCCCCGCCCUGCCUCCCAAGCAGCGGCAGCUGCAGGCCUCCUAUGCUGCUUCUUCCUUCUCCUCUGUCUCCUACUGUGUCCAGCAAACUAGAGUGGCCUUCACCCCCGAGGACGGCAGUGCCACUCAGGGCAUCAGUGUGUCCGUCUCUAACUCCUUUCUCAGCCGGCACGGCGCCUUGCCCGUGCCCUCGUAUAAGUCUGUGUUCAGGUCCUUCUCCCAGGACUCCGUGCCUCACAGCCGAGCCUCCGCACAGCCUUUCCUCCCGCCUACCUCCUCUUCCUCUCCACACUUCCCACCUGUCCACCCGUCUCCGAGCUCGGACCUCGCGGUGCCACCCGCGGCCGGCCCGCCCCCCAGCGCCGUGGACGGGCCUCUCUCGGCUUCUCAGGAGAGCACCUCCCCCGGGAGCCCUGUCUGCCUUCCUCCCGAAACCUCUCUCACUGACGCGCCCCAGACGCCUUCGAGCGGCCACGCCAGCGAGGAGGCGGGUGAGGGUGAAUAUGUCAAUCUGUGCUCCUCUGGCCAGAGCGGCGAGGAGCGGGCUCACUCUCGAGGAGACUCUCCAGCCGGGAAGGACGGGCGCCCCAGGGACCCCUCUGCGCUCGGCGGCGUGGCCGGGAAGGAAAGCCGAGACGGGGGAGAAAGGGCCCCCAGGUCCCCGGAGGCUCUGGAGUCGGCGCAGUCGGAGGAGGAGGUGGACGAGCUGUCUCUCAUCGACCACAGCGAGAUCAUGGCCAGGCUGACGCUCAAGCAGGAGGGUGACGACGGGCCAGACGUGCGUGGGGGCUCGGGAGACAUCCUGCUGGUCCACGCCACCGAGACGGACCGCAAAGACCUGGUGCUGUACUGCGAGGCCUUCUUGACCACCUACAGGACCUUCAUCACCCCGGAGGAGCUCAUCAAGAAGCUGCAGUACCGGUACGAGAAGUUCUCUCCCUUUGCCGACACGUUCAAGAAGCGCGUCAGCAAGAACACGUUCUUCGUCCUGGUGCGGGUGGUGGACGAGCUCUGCCUCGUGGAGCUGACAGAGGAGAUCCUGAAGCUGCUGAUGGAGCUGGUCUUCCGCUUGGUGUGCAACGGCGAGCUCAGCCUGGCCCGCGUGCUGCGGAAGAACAUCCUGGACAAGGUGGACCAGAAGAAGCUGCUCCGGUGUGCCAACUCCGACCAGCCCCUCGCGGCCAGGGGCGUGGCAGCCAGGCCCGGGACCCUGCAUGACUUCCACAGCCACGAGAUAGCCGAGCAGCUGACCCUGCUGGAUGCCGAGCUCUUCUAUAAAAUAGAGAUCCCUGAAGUCUUGCUUUGGGCGAAGGAGCAGAACGAGGAGAAGAGCCCCAACCUGACGCAGUUCACGGAGCACUUCAACAACAUGUCCUACUGGGUCCGGUCCAUCAUCAUGUUACAGGAAAAGGCCCAGGACAGGGAACGGCUGCUCCUGAAGUUCAUCAAGAUCAUGAAGCAUCUGCGGAAGCUGAACAACUUCAACUCCUACCUGGCCAUCCUCUCCGCACUGGACUCGGCGCCCAUCCGCAGGCUGGAGUGGCAGAAGCAGACCUCGGAGGGCCUGGCGGAGUACUGCACGCUGAUAGACAGCUCGUCCUCCUUCCGCGCCUACCGGGCCGCCCUCUCGGAGGUGGAGCCGCCGUGCAUCCCGUACCUGGGGCUCAUCCUGCAGGACCUCACCUUCGUGCACCUGGGCAACCCGGACUACAUCGACGGCAAGGUGAACUUCUCCAAGCGGUGGCAGCAGUUCAACAUCCUGGACAGCAUGCGCUGCUUCCAGCAGGCGCACUACGACAUCCGGAGGAACGACGACAUCAUCAGCUUCUUCAACGACUUCAGCGACCACCUGGCGGAGGAGGCCCUGUGGGAGCUCUCCCUGAAGAUCAAACCCAGGAACAUAACGAGGAGGAAAACAGAGCGGGAAGAGAAGACCUAGGGGCGGAGCCCCGAGUGCGGAGAACGCUCAGAGGCUCGGGUGCGGCUCCGGGACUGGAAGGGCCUUGGGACCCGUCGGGGGACAGUAGUGUGCGCCCCGGCCUCCCCGCUCCUGCGCGCGGAGCCCGCAGGCAGGUCUCGUGGCUGGUUUGUGACCCCGUGGUCUUCUGGUUUGGUUUCUGCUUUCACGUCCGCCUCCCCCUCCCCCCCAUCUCCCCACUGCCCCGGCCCCGGCCCGGGAGCAGAGGAGGAGCACUGGCAUCCUCUCUGCUUGGACUUGCCGGUCCGGACCUGCCGGGACGACGGAGGAGGGAGGAGGGAGGCUCCCGGGCCCCUGCGGGGGCUGCCGCUUCUGCUUUCCAGCCCUGCUUUCAGAACGGAGGGCGGCCACGCGGCAGGGAGCCGGGAGGGGGAGGGGGUAGCGGGAGAGGACGGGCCGUCCGAGAGACGCACUUCCCCUGAGCUGGGCCCGUAGCUCGGGCGAGUCCCUGCAGAGAGACCGGGGGCCUUUCUGUCGGGGGGAGGCCAGCGGCCCCUCUGCUGUCGCUCGCCGUGUGCCUUAAACGCCAUCUCCUGCCCUGCCCCCAGACCCCCUCCCCCCAGGCCCCCUCCUACCGAGCUCCGUCCUGCUGGGUGGCAGGGGCUCCUCCUGCUCAAGAGACCUGCCCACCGCGGGGCGGGCGCUCCUCUCCCGAAAGGUCUUCAGGGCCGGAGGCUUCUCCGUCCGCCCGUCCCCCCCACUCUUGCUGCUGAGGCCCACAGUCUGCAGCCAGGGCUUUGGGGUCCCCCCGACCCUUCCCUGCACCCAGGGGUGCCUGGCUGGAGCCUCCCAUGCCCUCAGCCCAGAGCCGUGGAGAGCGACAGAGGCGGGCUGUUUAGACUUUGUUUUUAAAGAAACAGCCACGUCCGGCGUCGGGCCAGAGCGCAUCGCUCUGUUAUUUAAGGAGUGAGUGAGUCGAGUCACUGUGGCCGGGCGGUGCCUGGGCUCUGGGGGCUGCAGAGCCUCCUCGCCCCGGAGCCCCGGGGCUCCCUCCACGCUGCCACGCGAGGGCAGGUGUGAGUCUGUGGCCUGUCCUUGGCCGUGAGCUGGUGGGGUGGGGGCCCCACCCCCGAGCCCUCGGGUCUGAGCAGAGGCGCCAGGCGAGGCGAGCGGGUGGACAGGGGCCGGCGUGCUGGCCGGCAGGCGCACUUGGGCCGGUUCGAUUCCACGCGGGGGUCGGGGGGAGCCAGGGAGAGGGCAGGCCGGCGCCGAGUCUGAACUGAACCCCGACUCUGGAAGCACCCCCGCCCCCGCCCCCCCGUGUUGUUGUAAUACGUAUUCCUGCCUGACAACCUGACUGACAGCGGCGCCUCCUGCAGGCAUUUCAAACCUGUAACUUUUGUACGAAGGGAGAAUAAACACGAGGAAAGCC